GAAAAACCGGAAGUACUUUUAUUUGACCUGGAAAAACAAAUUUUCAAUGUGACCAGUUCGUUUUGCGUUUUAUAGCUUUAUUCGAAAACAAGUAGAAACCUACAAAAUGUUUCUUACAACCGUAAAUUUGGCAAAAGCCAAAUCUAAGACCAUCCUGGUGCAGAUGGUCAGUGCUGCUGGGACAGGAUACUUUUUCAACACCAAGAGGAAUCGACUGAAAGAAAAACUGGUGCUACGUAAACACGAUCCGUUUGUAAACAAACAUGUCCUGUUUUUUGAGAAGAGGAAAAUCAAAUCAAUUUAAUUCAGUUCUGUACCAACAUGCAUGGACAGUAAACCUGUGAGACUUUCGUUGUCAUGGAUUAAAGGAAGCAUCAGUCGGGGACAUUUCUGAUCAGCUGAUGCUUUCAGAAGAUUUCUUCCUGGGUUAAUACACCUCGAGCGGUUCAGAGUCUCACUGACACUUUGAUGGAAAGACCUGGGUUAAGUCUUCAUUGGGACCAGCAGGUUUCUCAGUUUUGUUUAAAUAUCCAUAACAUUUGUGACAUUUGAUCUCUUUGGGAUUAUUCAAUAAAUUAUGUUUAAGACAA